AUGAGCUACAGCAGAGCUUGGCCGACCACGUGUGGCACGCCCUCUGUGCCAGCGGCCGGGCACUCCCAAAUGCAAAUGGGACAAAACGUCCAGGCUCAGAAUGUUCAGCCGGUGAUGUGCCAGCCAGUGCAACCCUGGCGUCAAAACAAAGAAUCGCAGCCAUACAACGUCUUGGACAUGCAUGAGGUGACCAACGCAGUGGAGAGUUUGUACAUGGAUGAGUUGAAACCUUAUGGCCGCAUUUUGCGAAAGCGUCUCGCAGAGAGAGCCGCAUCAAUGGGCUUUACCAACUUGGACGUUGACAUCAAACGUUUGAAGAGUGUUUGUGAUACCUGCCCCUGGAUUUAUGUCCAAGCUGAAGAGGGCGGUGACUGGUCAGCUUUGCUGUGCUCUCGCAGCAUGAGUUCCUUUGUGGAUGUCUACAGCCCCCAAGAUUUCUAUCCCCAGAAGAUGUGGCAAGCGGCCGAGAUGUACUUCGAGAGCUUGGAUGAUGCUCAUAUGGUCUUACCUGGCGGGAGGUACUCGUGUGCUCAAGCGCUGGUGUCGCGCGGAUUGGAUUUCUUGAAGGGACGUUCUCUCGGGCAGGUUUGUCACAUCGUGCAGUUGGCCAUUUCGCAGAAGAAGUUGCUCGGCUAUUUGAACGGCGCAGUGGUCCCCUACAAGCGCUCCCAGUCCAUGAUCAAGGAUCUUCCUGAAAAGUGGGAACUUGGCAAGAAUUGCCAGCCAUUGAGGAGUACCAUUCCCCUGUCCAAUGUGAAGCGCCUUUUCCGUUCGCGGUACCACACCGAGCUGUCAGAGACCGCCUUGGGGCAUUCGAAGCUCUCGGAGUUGUUGCAGGAUCCGAGGUUGAAGGACAUUUGUCAUGUGCGGCUCCAGGGUCAUGGUUAUGUUGUGGGCCCUUCACCCGCGUGCCAGCCAAACCAAGCUCAUCUCAAAGCUCCCCAGUCAAACCCGAACCAGCACUUUCAAUAUCACACUCAUCAGCAACCUUUGAUGCAAGUACCCGUGGCCCCGGCUCCAGUGCAAGGCCGCAUGACAAAUGUGUCUCAUGUGCCCCAUAGCAAUUUUGGCCUUCAGCCUCAUUUGUCUGUUGCAGCAGCAGGGGCUGCAGCUGCAUCGACGACGAUUGCUGCUGCUUGCCGAGCAGCAGACCCACAGCCCAGCUACCAGUCCAAGCAGUUUUACACCGGCCCCCCAGCCAACCAACGAUCGCCCCACCUUGCGCGACCGUGCCCGUUUCGUUCAACCGUUGUCAAUGGAAGAUGUGGAGGCAGAGGCGCCAAGCCGAGCUGUCCAACCCCAUCAAAGCUGGAGGCCUUCAUCUCCAACACGAUCCCUUCGUGA